AACAUGCACACUUAGUCAGGAUUUAGCUUUCUUGUGAAAUGAAACUUAGUCCUUCAGCCUGACUGAAACUUAAGGUAGACUUGUGAUUGGACAGUGCUUGUGAUCUCACAUUGCUUGACCUCAUUUAGCAGAUAUUUAAAUGAAAGCAAGACGGUUCGUAAGUCUUCAGUAAGAACCUUCAUUAAUUGUGUUCAUCCUGCUUUGUUAUUUUAAAGAGUUUCCAGCAAGAAAAUGACCAAGUAUAUUUUAUGGACAUUGCUGUUUUUCCAUGUGUCAGCACAGCGUUGGACCCUGUUUGAUGAAGAGUCAAAGCCUAAACGUGAGAGCAGAGUCCGAUUGGUGGGGAAUUUGCCUUCUUCUGGUCGUGUGGAGGUCUACCAUGAUGGACAGUGGGGUACAGUUUGUGAUGACGGAUGGGAACUGGCUGAAGCACAAGUGGUGUGUCGUCAACUGGGCUUUCCUGGAGCGAUAUCAUUUACACCUGGAGGAAAAUAUGGAGAAGGCUCUGGUCCAAUCUGGCUGGAUGACAUGAACUGUAAAGGCUCGGAGAGCUCAUUGUCUGAAUGCAGCUUCAAAGGUUGGGGUGUUACUGACUGCUCACAUAAAGAGGACGCAGGAGUGGUCUGUGAGACUGGUACAAACAUAACCAGCAAUCGUCAGUUCUUUCUGGAUAACAGCCUGGGUUUAUCUGAUGAUCUUGGUCUUCUGUUUGAUAGUGGAGAUGUUUGUGAUUUCAGAAUUAAUGUACAAGACACCAGUGAGAAGGAAGAACUGACAUUUUGUGUGCACAGAAUGAUCCUCAUGAUUUAUCCAGAGCUAAACAUAACAAAUAAUUCCAGAAACCUCACAGUUGAUGUCAGCCAGACUUGCCAUCCUCAUGUCUCUGCUUUUCUCAGGUAUUUGUACACACGGCAGAUUGAUGUUUCCAUCACGUCGGCUCAAUGUCUGCAUCAGCUGGCGUACAUCUUUGGAGUGAAGAGGCUUAUGGAGGAUGUCGGCCGGGCUUUCACUUCACUCCUUCCUGAAGACAACACUUUCCAUACACAGGUAUCCAUGUACGAGUACGGUGUUCGCACAGGUGACCUUGUUCUUCAAGAGAACGUCCUUCAGUAUCUUUCCUGGAACUGUGAGUUCCUCAUAAGCUCUCCAGUGUGGAGCAACAUCUCGUUUCACAUGAUGGAUGCUCUUCUGCAGCGCUCAGACCUGAUUGUGAAGGAUGAAGCUUUUCUUCUUGAAGCUCUGGAGACAUGGGUCAAAGACAAAGGUGAUGAGAUUAGUUCAGAUCAACAGGCAAGUCUCCUGAAUCACAUCCGUUUCCUCUUGAUCCCAGUGGAUAAACUCUAUGAAAUGCAGUUUUCCUCAAGCGCUCUCCGUCAGAAUCAUGAGAAACUCUACCUAACUGGUCUGCUCAGAGGUUUUCAGUUCAACGCUCUGCCUUUCUCUAAGAUCAGGAAUCAAAUGGAUAACAUGAGUAGUGAGUAUCUACCCAGAAUCUACACUGGAGAUGAGUGGAGUGUAUUUAUCAAUGACACAACCGUCAAUUACCCAUACCAUCAGUACUACUACAGCCAAAAUAACAGAAUACAAACCUUCUCCACUCCAGCACACCCCAGUGCUCUUUACAGAGAAAAAAAUGUCCAGUGGCACGCCCAGGUGUUUCUUAGUGCUCAGGAAUGCUCUAACUAUGGUAUUUCAUGUUAUUCUUUUCCUGUUGCAAGGUUUCUCGCAAAUGGUAAUCAGUACAUGUACACUAGCACCAUUCGCUACAGCAAUAGGUUCAUUCUCAGCUGUAAGAAUGAAAACAACGUCUUUCAUGUUCAAGAUUUCAAAAACGACAUGGCAGUGGUUCCAAAUAACAGCAGUAUGGGUCUGCCAAACCCCUGUCCUGAUGACUACAGUUUCAGAUUUGUAGUACGUCCAGAGUAUAUCUGAAUGAAAGCUGUUAAUAUCAUCGCAUUUUCUACCAGUGGUAAAGUUUAGGUCUGCUUAUACAGUUCAAUCAAAUUAAAAUAAUGAUUAACCUUCAUUUAUAAUGAUUAAUGUCGGUUUAUGAUCAUUAUAAUAAUAAGUGAAUGUUUUUUAUCAUUUUGAUUAUUUCAUGUAAUGAUCUGAUUGCUAGACAUUAACAUGUUUGAUUGUUUAAAGAUGCAUUUAAAAUCAUACAAAAAAAAUAAAAUAAAACAUUUUCAUAAUU